CCCCCGAGCUACUAAGGCGUGCAUCUGCCGAAGUCGUAUUAAGCUCUUCGAUGGUGGUGCCUGACACGUCUCUAGUGACGUAUCCUACACCGCUAUUCCCCUUCAGUCCCCUGCCCGUCGCCAAGCCCCUUCCAAUCUACCUCACUGGCUCAGCGCCGCCCGUGUUUCGUCUCCCUAGUAUCGCCAUGAUGAACCAAGAUGAAUCCUCGGAGAACUUAAGUGCGUCGGCUAACCAGGACACUCCAGGCACUCGACACAAGGCCGCAUUGUCCUUCAUCUUGUCUUCGUCCGACUCCGAGUCGGAUACCGACCAGCGCAAGUCCAAGAAGCGCAACUUAAUUAGUGAGCCGACCGUCGCUAAGCGUAGACGCAGCGUGGCAGCGAAGUCGGCGUCAUCUAUGACCAUGUCGGCUGCCUCGCGCUCGAAACCGGCAGCCAAGAAAGGAAGCAAGUUCUGCUCUGUUGAAGGAUGCACCAGUCGCGCCAAACACGCCAAGCGAUGCUGGAAACACGGCGGCUGGGUGCGCUGCAAAGUUACUGACUGCAACAAUCGCGCCAAGUCCAAGGGCGUCUGCUGGUCGCACGGCGGUGGAACCGUGUGCUCGUUCGAGAACUGCGAUACCAUUGCUGUAUCGAAUGGAUUCUGCUGGGCGCAUGGCGGCGGCAAGCGAUGCCAGGUGGCCAAUUGCUCUAAACCAGCAUAUGAACGUACGCAGAACUAUUGUCAGACGCAUUAUGAGGAGUUCGGUGCCAGUGUUGACCCCUAGACUAGAUUGCUAGCCCCUGUGUGUUGUGGUAGCGUUAGAUUGUAUGUGUGCGUACAACCAAAAGAAAUCCGAAGCGAGAAACCUUUUAUUCACUGCACUUGAAAAUAAUUUGUCAAUGUCAUGAUUCUUAGCUACA